AUGGCAGCGGAUACUGUCUUUGCUGUCCCGGUGUUUCUUGUCGUUUUCCGAGAAACACUUGAAACAGUCAUCAUCGUCUCUGUCCUGCUAGCUUUCCUUAAGCAGACCCUCGAUGGCCCCAAUCGAGAUGUAAAAGUGUACAAGACACUUGUUAAGCAGGUAUGGUUUGGAGUCGGACUUGGUUUCUUUCUCUGCCUCGUCGUUGCCGGCGGAUUGAUUGGCGCAUUUUAUACCUUGGGUAAGGAUAGCUGGGCAUUGAACGAGUACAACUAUGAAGGAGCGUUUGCCCUUGUCGCGUCUAUAAUCAUCAGCAUCGUGGGCGUGGCCCUCCUCCGUGUUGGUAAAAUGCAAGAGAAGUGGCGUGUCAAGCUAGCCAAAGCUCUCGAAGCCCCAGUAGUCACGGGCGGUCAUCGAAAUGGUUGGCUAAAGCGCUUCGCUGAGAAGUACGCUAUGUUCGUCCUUCCCUUCAUUACUGUCUUGAGAGAAGGCAUCGAAGCCAUUGUCUUCGUAGCCGGUGUGUCUUUCUCCGCACCAGCAACUGCGGUUCCGCUUCCCGUAGUCGUUGGGUUAAUCGCCGGUUUUAUCGUGGGAUACAUUUUAUACAAGGGAGGAUCGGGAACAAAACUGCAGUACUUCCUAAUAGCUUCUACAUGCCUGUUAUAUCUAGUUGGCGCUGGUCUUUUCUCGCGUUCCGUAUGGUAUUUUGAAAACCAGCAAUGGAACAACAUUAUUGGUGGCGAUGCGGCCGAACUGGGAAAUGGACCGGGCUCUUAUGACAUUGAUAAGAGUGUUUGGCACGUAAACUGCUGCAGUCCGGAGCUAAACGGCGGCGAGGGAGGCUGGGGAAUAUUUAAUGCCAUACUUGGAUGGACCAACUCGGCAACAUAUGGUUCAGUCAUCUCUUAUAACGUCUACUGGAUUGCUGUUAUGAUCUCAUUCGGUGUUAUGAGAUACCGCGAAGUUAAAGGACAUUUGCCCUUUAUGAAAUCCAAGGAGAGCCCAGCUGGUCCGGUCGUUCAAGCUGAUAGGUCCGAUGAAGAGAAGACUGUGCCUAACAAGCCAGCCACCUAA